GAGUAGUUUCUAUCGUAAUAAUUUUAGAAUUGGAUUAAUAAUUUUUUUUUAUCCUUUUCCUGGAUUUAUGUGUGUGGUCGUUCUCUUCACGCAUGCGUGAAACAGACGGUCAAUUUUCUGCGUGUAUAUAUGUAUGAAUGGAAAAUAUGUAUAUAUAUAAUUAUAAUAGAUAUUUACGUAAUUUUUCUUUUGCUGAAGCCUAGAAUAAUGAAUAUUAUAUAACCGAGAAUGUCGAUAAAAUGCCUGAUAUACAAUUAUAUAAUCCUGACUCGAACCACAUCCACUCUCUCUCUGCCUAUGAUUUUAUCGGCAGUGUCAGAAAAUGACUGCUAUGUAGUUCCAUUUCAAAAGUGGAUAUCGGCGCCUAGUAUUGUGUAUGUAUUAUUGGCUAUAGGGGACUGUUUUCGAAGAAGAUAUAUAAUGUAAAUAUAAUUUUUAAAGUCGUCUGAGAUUGAAGAUCUCUUCUCGCGAGGAAAACGCUGCGAUUGCGAUUCUUUCCUCGCGACUGUUUCGCACCGAGGUACUUGAUAAGACUCCUGACAUGAUAGACUCACAGGACAUUAGUGAAGAGGAACUGAAAGUGUUGAUCAUCGAUGCUGUGGGUGACAGUCUCUGCAGCAGCAAGUGGGUGCUCACCACUCUGAUGUCUUUGCGUAAGGUUGAUAAGACAAGCUGGAAGACAGAGCUAGAGAAUGACCUUUGCACUUUGUGGAAUCUAAGUGCGGAAAAGGAAAUGGUGUCGUAUCUUAUGUCACACGAUUUUCUUACGAUAGCCAAGAAUGCGCUAACGAUUCCUGACAAUCCACGAUUGACUGAAAUAAUCUUGGGUAUCAUUGGCAAUUUAUGCAGUAAUGAAGAAGUCAUCGAUAAAAUAGGCUGCGAUCGAGAAUUAGUCACACAACUUCUAAGUUAUUUAAAAUCCAACGACUCGUUAAUAUUGAUUCAACUCGUCAGGAUUUUACAAUCGGCUGUAUGGAAAAUCGGGCAAGAUCCUCAAUCAAAUUGGGUGGCCCAUCUUACGGAAUGCGAAUUUUUUGGGAAAUCUAUAACCUUCAUAUUAGACAGUUCGACCAAAUACGACUUGUUAAAGGCCGCAAUAUGUUUGCUUGAAUCUAUAUCCCAGAUAAGUCUGCAGCACGAGGACAGUUUCUUCGAGAGACUGUUUAGGACAGACAUCCUGUUUCACGCUCUGUUGGAAUCGUAUAUACAGGUAAUACCAAUGGAGGAGAAGAGUUUCUCUCAAUGGACGUUCGUCGGUCACUGGCUGGCGGUGCUAAUUGCCGUAAUGAAAUCUGGCUCGCUUAAAUUCGAGGAUGACUAUGAGAAUGACAAGAUGUUUAAAAUGUUGAUGGAAAUUAUGUUUGCGAUAUUGAAGUCGUGCAAGAAGUAUAAUUUAUAUCCAGUCCGGCAACAGAGCGCCAACAUAAUUUGCGAUACUGUGCGCGUAUUGUUGGGUUUUCGUCGUUGCGACAUGAGUGUCCAGGCAAGAAUAGAUUGUAUUGUCGCGAAACUAAUUUUCUCCCUUAAAACAGUUUCAGAAGCAGAGGCGGAAAGAAAGAUGGAUUCCGAGGAACUGAAAUCCGAGCUUUUAGAUUAUCUGAUUAAAUAUUGUUUGCAAACCAUUGAACUGUGUACUAGCGAACAGAUUUUGGAAAUAUUGAGUUUAUGUAAAUGCGAGGUUCGUGAAUGUCUAAUAAGUCUUUUGCAGCCUAAAAUGAGAAAACCUGAGAUGAUUGUCAAAAUGAAAAUAGUUGCGUGUGCUCUUGAAAAACGCGACUGAAGAAUCUUAGAAAAGACGAGCCUUUAUGUAAUACAUUAGAAAUAUAAAUUUUUAAUUUUGUAAAAUAUUUUGUCAAUACAUAUUUAAUAGUUAUAAAAGCAACAUUAAAUAACAUUAAGUACAAAAUUGCAGCUACUCGACUAUCAGCUUUGAUGCAAAUGUAUCAUAAUUGUAUAUAUAAAGAUUUUGAUCUAAUUGCA